AUGAAUGGUUCUGGCCAAUUUAAUUUGAAAGGGAGAGUUCCAAGUGAUGCUAAUGGAAAAUUACGAAACAUUGCACUACGAAUAUUACUCCCUGCCGUUAGAUCACAUUUUACCACUUCAUGGGGUAUAGCACGGGAAAUACUCAUCCCGAGGAAAUUUCGACAGUACGAGACAAUUGGUGGCAGUAUGCCUCACAAGACUAUAUACAGUAAAUAUGAAUCACCAACACCAAUCAACAGUGGUUAUACUAGCAGUUAUCAUCCAGUUGAAGGAUCGAAAUCCAUUUUCGAACAUGUAGAUAGACAGGUGGAUGCUAAUAAAAGUUGA